AUGACAUGCUCAAAAAAGAACUGGGCAUACACUUUCGUCGGAUUUGGGGGAACGUUUUUGGUCAUCGGCGUAGUUUGUGGAUUUGUUAUUCCGAAAAUUGUCAUUGGGAUUGUCGAGGAUCAAGCCUGCAUUGAUUCGAAGACGGACUCCAACUAUGACGACUGGGUAAGAUUUCCGAAAUUAAAGUCAAUUUUAACAUGUCAUAUUUUAAAUACAUAUACAUUUUGUAGAACAUAAUCUCAGGUAUUACAGGAUGUUAUUUCAAACAUAGAGAUGCAGUGUAGGUAUAGUAGUAGUAUGUCGUGGAUCGUGUCAGAACGAUCGUAACGAGAAAACCGUUCAACAGGAAUUUAGCUAAGAGAAAUAUAUACUUUUCAGUGGGUGUCCAGUGAUUUACAUCGGUAACAUUGAUACUGUGAACCUGGUUUGAAUUCUUGUUUCCUGAAAAAUAGGCCUAUAUUCUCAAUUUGUAUAAUUAUGGAUCUUAUGAUUAAGAAGUUUAAGACCUUGUUUAGUCCAAAAGCAAAUAUAUAUAUCAUAUACGAAAGUAUUAACGUUUUAUCGCUACGUUUUAAAAUAAAUAAACUUUUCUGAACUCUACGAAACAAAAUGUUAUAAGUUGUUACAAUUUAAAAGAUUUACGAUGUUCUUAUAUCCGCUUUCAAGCGAACAAUACGAAAAUUAAUUUUUGUUAUUUUAUUUUUGUUAUUUUAAUACAGGAAUCAAGAUUGCUCAAUUUUUAAUAUUCCACUCUUUUGACGGUUAAGAAAACGAAUUCUUGCUCAUCAAAAAAAGACCAAUAUAUGUACUUUCAGAAAGUUAUUUUGCUUAAAAAAUUCUAGUUCUAAAUUAAUACAUUUAUUGAGAUUCGUCGUUUUGAAAAAACAAUGUUGUCAGAAAGCCAUGUUUAAUUAAGACUGCCUAGGCGUCGUAGGCGAUCAAUUAGAUGUGAAAUUUUGACUUAAAAGGCGGCUGGACGCUCACAAUUGAAUGGAAGUUUGUUCCAAAAUUUAAAUGGAGGCAUGCGUAUGGGAUAUAAAAGAUCUAACAAAGAACUAUAUAAUUGCAGUGACACAAAAGAGUGUGGAGGACGAAAGUUCAGAGAUGUGCAAAUUUUGAAACCGCGCCAUGCACCUGCUAUAACGUAAACAAGUAAUAAUAUUCCUAUGCAAGAAAAGUAAACUUCUCGAUGUUUUAAAGUAUGUCUUUACAUAGACGUGUGUGUAUUGGCCAUGACAUGGCAAACAGUCGUACAAUAUUCCAGAUCUUUUUUUAAUACACUUUUGAUAACAAAUAGGUGUUACAUCCAUCAUGAUCUUUGGCCUUUCAAACGCGCUCAAGUUGCAUGCAGGCUGUGAGAUUUGCAGGCUAUCCAUGACGUCCAGCCUGACUUCCACGGCAUCGGUUUUCUUUCCUUAACUAUGGCAUAAAUAUUCAUCGAACGGACAUUUCAUUUCAUUAGUUCACAUAUUUCCCAGUCUCAUUAACGUUCUCGACCAACUUGUCCUCAAUCCUCAUCCCCUUGCCUUCAUGGGCACUGGAAGACCAUGGGAUACACGGAACAGGAAAUGCAGAAAAACUUGCAGUUGUUUCUAGCUAUAAUCUAGGCAAAAAUUAUUGUGAACACUGCGCGCGGAAAUAGAAAUACCUGCAUGCCUUGCCCAAUACAUAUGAGCAAAACCAGCGAUUUUUAACUUCUUCCCCACCCGUUCAAUGUUGAAAGUCUUGAAAGCUUACAAAUUGGUUAGGUGAAAGCUUCGAGAAAAAGACUCCAACAUCUGUAUGUGAACAGCAAUACUUAAUUAGUUUACACCUACGUGUCUACGGAAUUUUUGCCAAGAUUGUAGAGUUAGUGUUAUCUCAAAGCUUUGAGGAGAAACAGAAGAAACAUUUUGAGAGCAUUUUGAAAUAUUUUGAGAGUUGUUUUCUGAAAAGCGAAAACUGCUAGCUCCACUUCUGGUAAUUAGUGGUUCUCUGAGAAGCCAGUCCAAGCCUCCCUUUGGUCGAGUCCAGGGCCUAAUUUUCAACGAGUGACCGAAUGAAAAUGGCUCUGGGGACGAGAAUACGCCCAGCCUGCAAGCUGUUUGCGAAAAAACAACGCAAGAUAUAGCUUAGCCUUUAACAAUAAUAUCGUCCUCGAUCGAUUAGUACAAAAGAACAGAUGUCGCUCUACGCCAAAAGGCUUUCACCUUGAAAAUUUAUAAAGAAACACAAGAGGUGAAACGUGGGACGUCGUUUCCUGCGUUCUAGUGACUCUAUAGUGACGAAAAUUUUACAGAAUUCUGACGAUUGUUCAAUUUUUCAGUUUUGACUUGUUCAUGAGUAAUUUUCAUAGGUAAUUUCAGGUAAAUUUAGAAGCAAAUUGAGCUGACUUUCAGGUAAAUUACAAGAGCGUUCACAGGCAAACGUGGAAGUUAAAAGUGAACGCAAGCUAAGAAUGCAAAAUUUUAGUUGCAUUUCCGCGCUUUCUGGGGUCUAAACAAUUCAAAAUAUUCUUGGAGGAGCAUUCCCCCGACAGCCCCUAGUUGGAUUACCCCUGUAUACAAUAUGCUAAUAUAUUCUUUCGAAAGCAACACCUGCUACUUUACUAGUACUCAUGAAAAAACCAAGCUGAAUUUUAAGUAACGUAAAACGUAUUUAAAAAUAUCAGGUAAUUUGACCCCUACCCCCUCCUCCCUCACCAAUAGCAAAGCCCAUGAAUUUAGUCUCAACCAUUGAAAUGAAUAUAACUGGAACACUACCUCCAACCAGAAAUUUGAAGCCAAACUUGAAGGUCACUCCCAGUCUUUUGUCUGUGGGUCAAAUUUGGCUUCAAGAAAAAUAUAGGCAGUUUAUCUGAAGGUAGCGUCACAGAAUACUACACAGAAAUCCAUCUCCAUUGCUUUUUGCGUAAGCUCUAUUCGUCAUGCCGAUUCGUCACUUAGCAAGUACCGUAAACAGAAGCAGUCACCCCCUUGGACGUGCGCCGUUUUUAGUAUUUCCAGGGGGGGGGGGGUGACUGCUUCUGUUUACGGAAAUUGCUGAGUGAUAUAUUCAUUUCAGUGGUCUCAACCCAGCGCAUGCCUCAUUGCAUCUAGGUUUCUUCCGGCUGGUUUACAUGCACUAUCAAAGUUUCUGUGAUCGCAGUAGGAUUUUGCAUUGGUAAAUUCUAAGUUGUGAAGGAUUUGUAAGAAAUGUUUGAAGGACCUGAUUCUUAAUUUAAUUUAUUUAAUUUAAUAAUUUCGUCACCUUUAUAUAGAUGUAUACCAAAAAACACACUAAACAUACACGUGACUGGAGAAAAUAACAGGACUUGCGUCCCAAUUGAUGAUUCCCCUUAUUACGUUUUCGUAGCGCUUUGCAUUGUGGUUAUAGUGGUAUCACUGAUAAAGAUAGCGGCCCCGAAUGAAAAUAUCGAAUGUUUUCGCGAAUAUUUUGCUGUUGGCUAUCACGCACCUGACCCUAGCUUUUUAAAAAAAUUCUUGCACGGGUCAGGAGAAAAAAUAAGCCAUCUUGAGUAUCAGUGAUACCACUAUAACCACAAUGCAAAGCUCUACGAAAACGUAAUACGAGGAAUCUAGUAUUGACACUUUACCCCUAUCAAUAACUAGUAUAUGAUUAAACAAACAACUAUAUAACAUUAAAUUUACUUAGAUGCAGCCAGGGGCCCAGGAGGACUAUAUGAUGGUAAUUUAGCAUUAUAGAACUCGCGUAGCCUGGCUCUAAAUAUGGAUAAACUAGAGUUAAUUACUAGAGAUUUCAGUUCUGAUGAAAGACCGUUCCACAGGUUGGCUGAUCUUAUAAAAAAAGAGUUCCUAAAGUAGUCCUGUUUGUGAUUAAUCAGGAAGUUGAAAUUGUUUUCGUCGUAAUUGCGUCGUGAUUUAUUUAUUUUCGUCUUGACUCAGUGUUUAACACUAAGUCAGUUCCUUCAAACAAUUCUUACAAAUCUUCAAAACUUAGAAUUUACCUAUGCAAAAUUCCUACUGUGAUCACAGAAACGAUGAUAGUGUCAACCAGCCUCUACAGGCAUGCCUGCAAAGAAUAACUUAUAAUAUAAUAGACCGAUAUUCUUCUACUGACCUCAGUUCUUUAAUUCUCUCUAUAUUUCGAUUUCUUUCUAUAAAGAUGGAAGAAAAACCUGAUAGUGUCGUAACGAAAGUUUAUUACUGGGAAAUAACAAACAAAGAUGGGUUUCUUUACAAUGGUGAAUUACCAAAGGUGAGUUGAUCCCAGGGUCUCCAAUUUGGCAAUAGAGAAACGGUCAAGGAAAAGGGGCCUAACUAGGUAGUGGUGAACUGGGAACUUUUGUAAGGAGAGGGAGAUUUUCAGCGUAUCUAGACACGAAAUAAGGCAUACGUGUGAUCAUUUUUUUUACUAAAAAAAAUCGUACGGGAUUUUCGGACUUUCAAAAAUCCGCGGAUUUUUGGCGAUUUUUUUCUUGGAUUUUUUCAGGGAAGUUUUAUUCCAUUUUUGGACUUUUAAUGAUUUGAACGAACUUUAAAUUUGGAUUUUUUACGGAUUUUUGGGGGGUUCUUUGGCAAAGUGUAAAGGAUUUUUGGAGUGAAAUGCCCCCCAUACAUAAAAGGCAGGAACCUUGAUGCUCCGUGAGCAAACAGCAUGAUCGAUUGCCCGCAUGCUUGUAAAAAGCCAGAAAGAACCAUUUUCGGAUUUAAUAACAAAGAAAUAAACAUGCAUGCAGCAAAAAAAUCAAUAACAGAACUAACAAUAAGUACCAACAACAAGUAAUUAAAAACUCUUAAAUAAUGAAUAAAUCAACCAAUAAGAAAGAAGCAAAAAAUCAAAUAAAAAACAACCAAACAAAUUUGUGCAAGGUUUGUGCAAGGGGAAUGUCCGUCAUUUAUCCCACAAAUUUCGUAUCAAUACGUUUCAUAGUUUUGAGUAAUUGUGCUGGUAGACAUGCAAACACGAAUGGAAACAUAACCUCCUGGCGGAGGUAUUAGAAAACAACUUGCAAGUUUUGAAAAGAAUAUUACCAAAAUAAACAACCUUAACAAUGACCGAAUCGAUGAAUGAGCAGAACCAAAUCGUGACCGACUUAAACUGUAUAUAUAUUGUACAUCAUUUUGUACCAUACAAACUGGAUAAGAAGUACUGAUAUUAUCCAUUAGAUAAUACAACUUUAUUUCACUCUUAGAUAAAAAAAUAUACAUAACUGUAAAAUGACCAAUUCUUAAAUAAUUAAUAUACAUAUAGAUAAGAUUCAUAUUUUUACAUAAUGUUUUUAGAGUUUGUUUGGAGGCUAAGUGAAACGGUUUUCUAGUUAGCUUCCAUUGUUUUUAUUCUUAUUAAUUUAAUAGAUUAUAAUGUCACAAAACUAAAGAAAAUAUUUUAAUGUUCCAUUGUUUUAUGAAUGAAUUUUCCAUUCGAUAAAGAAUGAAUAAAUCUAUAAAAUUAAACUUAUCAAUCUUGUCGUAUUUUAUCCAGUUACGAGAACGUGGACCGUACGUGUACAAGCAAACAACUCAAAAAAUAGAUGUUAAAUUCACGAACGAUAAACGUUCAUCGAAAACGUGGAAGAAAGAGACUAAAUUUUAUAAAGAAGAAUCAUGCAAAACCUGCAAAGAGGAUGAUAAG